GCCACCAAACCCCACUAACUACACCUUCUCAUCUUCAACUUCUUGGCUUUUUGAAAGGAAAAAGCCAUAACAUCUUCAAUGAGUUCCAUAACCAAAGCACCUCCUUCCUCCAACGAUGCUCUUUCCUCCGAGGAGAGUGGUUGGACAACAUACUUUGACGAUUUCUUCAACAACCAUGUCGACAACAAAUGUUCCAUGCCUUUGUCAGCUCUUUCUUCUUCCUCCCUUGUCUCUGAUGCAGCUUCUUUGGUCCAGAAAAAGGUCGCCAGUGCCAUACAAGUUCAAGACUUUUCAGUCAAUAAAAAAUCCAAAAGAACAAGUUUCAAGAAGAGAAAAGAUGCCAUAACGGCUUUCAUUGAUGACGCUUUGGAAGAUACUGCAACUUCCUCUCUCAAUAGUACCAAGGAGAAAGGUAAUAUCUCAGGGCAACAAAAUGAGCAAAAUGAAAAGAGCUCCAAAGGGAGGAACAGUGAUUGCACAGAGUCAAAGAAGAUAGGUCUUUGCUUAAUUUGUUCCUUUGUCAAUGGUAGAGAACUUUCUAUGUUAAUUACUUUGUAGUAUUAUGUUAAAGUUCAAUCAUAAUCAUUUUUGGCUAUAAAAAAAUAUCUUGUUAAUGUACAUAUACUUGUACACAUUUCUCUCUCUUCACUCUCUCUCUCUCUUUCUGCUGGAGCACAUAGAAAAUCAUGCUGCUACAUAUAAUGAAUC